AGAAAAUUCUUGAAUUAAAAAUUGAAAAGUCGUACGAUUUUUUCAUGUGAUUAUUAACCAAUUGAAAUGAGUGAGAAAGAAGCGUAGAGUGAGAGUGGGAAAAAUCAUAUGACGGCCGGUUUUUACUUUUUUUUUAUUUAUUUAUUUAUUUUUUUAUAUUUGCUGAUGUAAAUGGCAACAAAGAUUUCAUGAUAACAACGAAAAGCGAAAACAACAAUAUACACAAGCUGCAAGCAAGCAGCUCAUGGACAUAGUAAAUUAGCUAAAGUGGUUUUGCUACUAACCGGCAUUAAUUUAGUUUGGUUAUCAAUUGGAUAAUUUGACCUUAACCUUCUCAAUAGUGCUCAAUAUAGCAGCACCCAAGCCAUCAAGAGUAAAUUCGAAUCAAAACUCAUUGGAAAAUAGUAUAAAGACACAAAAUACAUUCCGUAUUGCUUUGCUAGCAAUCAUCCUCGUCAUCCAUCUAUUACAGACAUCAUGUUAGCAACGUUGAUGAGUUUUCUACAGGGACCCGUGGAGUUUUCUCUGCUGGGCUUUAUUGAAGCGGCCUCUGUUGCGUUCAUUCUCUAUUACAUAUAUGCGAAAACCAGAACACUUGCCAUCAUCGCUGGCCUAUUUCCAAAUCUCAAUUUGAAUAUCAAUUAUCGGUCGACAUUGUUCGGAUUACAAAAGGCACAUAAUAAACCUCUAAUAACAUCAACAGCAACAACAACAAUAACUACAACCAAAAAGGAACCUAAGCGCGAGAAUUCCUUAGCGCAUGGCAUCGGCACACAAAACAUGUUAGAAUUGACACCGCAUGCCGGUCGUAAACCUUUCCAUUCUCUUAAAGAUUGGGGCGUUUAUUUUCCCUAUGUGGCUCAAUCUUUCCGAAGUAAAAAGUUUGAUUAUCCUCAAGUCACAUCUUUAGUGCAGAAAGAUCCGGUAUUGCAAAGAGCCAUUAAACAGGCUGCUGAACAAAUUUUACGCGAACAAGAGCAACAAAGUGAAGAAACAACUGGUCAUGAAGAUCUUAAUUUCAAUGAGCGGCAAAACAGCUAUCGGCCGCAUCGCCAUAACGAUUACCAACAUAUACUUCAGCGUCAGGAACGUAGAGCUAUAAAAAUUUUAAAGGAAAUGCGUUCAACUUUAAACAAUUUUUUAUUGGCCUUUACUUCAUGGUUGUUGUAUAAAUUGCUGCCUUGUUUUUUAACGGGAGUCGUAACUCACACUCAACAAAUUGAAAUGUUAAAAACUGCUUCCGAAAAGGCCCCUGGCAUACCUCUCAUUUUUUUACCUUUACAUCGUAGCCACUUGGAUUACAUUUUGGUUACAUUUAUACUAACGAAUAAUGAUAUACGUAGCCCUCUUGUUGCCGCAGGUAACAAUUUACAGAUACCAGUAUUCGGAGAAAUUCUUAGAGGGUUGGGUGCUUUUUUCAUCAAGCGUAAGAUUGAUCCAAUAGUGGGUAAAAAAGAUAUUAUAUAUCGUGCCGUACUGCAUUUAUAUUUGCAACACGCUCUCAAGAUGGGGCACAACGUCGAAUUUUUCAUAGAAGGCGGUCGCACGCGGACCGGCAAACCCUGCAUGCCUAAAGGUGGCAUUUUGUCGGUGAUUGUGAAUGCCUUUAUGGAUCGCAGUAUACCGGAUGCAUUGUUGGUGCCAGUUUCAGUUAAUUACGAGCGUCUAGUGGACGGAAAUUUUGUGCGUGAACAAAAGGGUGAAAAAAAAAUACCAGAAUCAUUUGGCAAAGCUAUGUCAGGUAUAUGGAAAGCUUUGAAUUCAAAAUACGGUCUGAUGCGCAUAGAUUUUAAUGAGCCCUAUUCCAUUAAAGAAUUAGUACAAUCUUACAAUAAAAUUGCUAAAGAGGAUGGCUCGAUGAAGAUUUACAAACCAUCGGCAAGAACAUUGCAACAUAAUCAGUCUACCUCCUCUUUGUACGGCACAGACGUGGUGUGUGAAGAACAUCGUAGCCUCAUUGAAAGUAUAUCGCGCCAGGUAGUCUACGACUGCGCCGCUGCCACGUCAAUAAUGUCGACAAAUGCGUUAGCGUUUUUGCUAUUGACGCGUUAUCGCAAUGGUGCCACAGACAAAGAAUUGGCCAAAGCUUUAGAUGAUUUGCGUCAGCGUUUACAGGGAAAAAAAGAUUUAGGUUUCUCGGGGGAAUCUAUACAUAUCAUCAACUAUGCAACCGAUUUAUUGGGCGAGAAAUUGGUCGAACGUCGUUACGAUAGUAACAAUCAACUUUUAAUAUAUGUAGCAAAUGGUAUUGAGAGCUGGAUUGAGUUAGCUUAUUAUUCGAACACAUUGACACCUCAUUUCGCGUUGCAAUCGAUUGUAUUGACCACAUUUCAUAAUUUAUUACUGAAGCAGGUUAACAUGCCUGAAGAACCGGGUAUAUGUCGUAAAAAACUUAUAGAAGCCGCUAUAGAAAAUUGUGAAGUAUAUCGUUACGAAUAUAUAUUAUACAAACCUACCCAAACAUUGGUACAGGUGUUGGAGUCAGUAAUCGAUGAAUUAAUAAUGCAAGGAAUAAUAAAAACAGAGCAGACCGAAAACGAACCCGAAAGCGUAAUGGAAAGUCGUCGCAUAGCUCGCGGCUUGGCUGCUUAUUUGGGUGAAGACAAUGAGUAUGACGAUAUGUCUGACGAUGGCCAUGACUUCCUCGAUGUCGAACAACCACAGAAACCAGACCUCUUCCUCAUUUCGGAUACCAAAGUACAACAAAAAGCUCUUUGUGAAGUCUUGGCACCAUAUGGCCAUGCCUAUCUAUGUGUAGCUCAAUCGCUCUAUAAACUUUACCAAAAUUCUAUGCUGGAAUCAGAAUUCAUAAAACUAGUAGUUAAAGAAUUAAAUACAAGAGUUAAAACGCGACAAUGCCCUUAUGCUGAAAGCAUAUCAACAGAUUCGGUAAAAAAUUGCCUAAAAGUUUUGGAAAAAUGGUCUGUGAUUGAGAUUAGCAAUCAGAGUGGCUUACGUUUGCUGGCAUUGGGUACACUGUAUGAAACGUGCCGCGGUUCUUUAAAGAACAUUGUACAACGCAUAUCCGACAUAGUGCCCUAUUACGCUAAUAAUUAUUUUUAAGUUACUCUUACAUUUACAAAGUGAAACACGCACCAAAAUAUUUGCUCCAAUCUCCAAAGUGUGCUAAAUUUUCAUUUUUAAGUCAUGUAAUUCAAUAUACCAAUCAAUAUUCAUUCAUACUCAUCAUCUUUUUCUCUUAAAAAUAUACCAAAGCCAUAAUAAUAAAUAACUUGGUCCUACAGAGACUACAUAUUUAUAAAGAGUCCAAAAUGAAAUUAAUAUCAACAGAUGACUGAAUUAUUAAGGGAUUUUUUUUU